UUGUGAAUCACAGUAACCAUGACUCUGUGAUGGCUGAGACUCAAGCUGGAGGAACAGCAGACGCGGUCGCAGAACUGCUCGCUCUCCGAUUGGAGAAUCAGCUGCUGAAACAAAGAAUAGAAUCUGUGACUGUCACCAGUGAAAACCAAGAAGACUCCGUCAAACAAAGCCAAAACACAGGAAAUGCUGCUCUGUCCUGCUUGGAGAAGCAGAGGUCACCUAGUGUGCCGAAUGACAUCAGCACUGACGCACGGCUGCAGGAUGUGAGCAAGAGGGAAGAUGAAGGAGAUUUGGAAAGGGAAGAUGGGAGGACUACAAUGGCUGAAGAAGAGCUGGAGGCGGUGUCUGAGCUUCAGAUCGACCGCCUACAUCAACAGGUGGAGGAGCUGCAGAUGAUGCUACGGUCUCUCUCUGCAGAGACCCAGCAGCAGACUGAGGAGCUUGUUAUGUGGAGACUGGCCUCCCAACCAGCCCCAACAUUUGACCAGUUCCUUGCCAACACGGACAACCAGUCUGAGACCCAGGACCCGAUCUCUGCUGUCAGACAGUCCCAGUCAAACCAGCAGCAGACUGAUGAGAUGACCCUGAGCCAGGCGCCGUAUCUGGGUAUCCAGGAGAGCCCUGGUAAUGUGACGUUCGUCAGAGAAGAUGAGUUAUUCCUCUCCUGCUCCUCCAACAAACUGCAGGGCCGCAUGUUGUUCUCCAGACUUCAGAACGGGAACGUCCCUGAACCAAAGAGUCUCCAUCCCUCUAAAAAGACUGCAGUGCUUCAUGAAUACAUUCAGGACACUGCCACAAUUGACAAGGAAUCUGAAAAGGAAAACCAGGAAAUCAACAUCUUGCAUCAGUCAAAUACCUGUCAGACACAACACAAAGAGAAGAGAGAUACUGAAGUUAUCCAAACGUCCUCUGAGAAAGCGGCUCAACCACUUGCCACCAAAGAUUCUCACAAAGUCUCAGGACCGAAGCUGACCAAAUUGGCCGAGUGUUACACGGGGAAUCCUUCUGAGGCCAAACCGGAUGCUUUCAUAGCAACCAAUGAAAUGAACACAAGCAAUGAUUCCUCGGACAGAUAUGUCAGGACAGAAAUGAAAAGUGUCAGCAGUCAAACGGAGGAGAGUUUGUCUCCUCGCAGUGCUCCAGCCUCUGAACUCCACUGUGCAUUCACACAGACUGAGGAAGAGGAGGAGGAAGAUGAAGAAGAGUUAGUGGUAUCCCCUCCGGUCUGUCCCCUGCCAUUAACUGAGGGAGCAGAGUUAGGAGUCAAAGUGUUGUUUUCGGGUUCCUUCCCCAUCCCGUCUGACCCGGCCCGUCUGGCUGAAAGAAUCCGUCGUAACAGGACGCAGCUGUCAGCCGCCUUUGACGACACAGAGUAUGAACCUUAUGGGCUGCCGGAAGUCGUCAUGAAAGGUUUUGCCGACAUCCCAAGUGGUCCCUCGUGUCCUUACAUUGUGAGAAGAGGUUUGUUAGGGACAUCUGUCGUACCUGUCCUUCAGAAAGACCUGAGACAGGAGGAGGAGACGGAUUAAAACACAGCUCCAGAUCUGGUGGAAAGAAGUGAUCACUGUGGCUUGACGAUGGACGACAGCAUUAAUACAGGGACACACUCCAGUCACCAGCAACCUGAAUGAACUUCGGACCUUCAAACCAACACAGGAGCAGUUUUUAAAAAGUGCUGCCAUCACGCACGGACUUCUGUAACGUGUGUGAAGGUAACUUGGCUUGCACUGGCGGAAUAAACACUUCCACUGUGGAUUUAAAAUGUCUUAAUGAUCACUAGUGUAUCCUCUAACUGCUGCGUGGAGACAAUGCUGUCACUCUACACCCACCUGUAUAUUUAGGUACAGAGGUAGUGAUUAAGGGAUGUUUGUUGAUUUAUUUGAAGUUUACGACCACUUUUCCAAAGGGACUGUUUAGUUCUUCGUGUCUCAGUUUAUGGGUCUAGCUUCAGCGUACUUUGAAUGAAACAGUGCCUCGUUGAUGCUUUUCUAAAUAAGUGCUUGUCAAGAAAAGUUUGACUUAUUUUCCAAAAAGGGUGAAGCCAAGAGAAGCCUGUUGUGAAAAUGUUUUAUUUUUAUCCUUGAGGUGGCUUAUUUAUGGACACUUGAAUGUGUUUUAGUAGAAGGCCGGUGUUUACAAAAAGUUGUGUGAAAGGGAGUGAGCGUGUGUGUGUGUGAGAGACAUCAGCUGUGAAUAUGGACAUGUGUGUCUUCUUCUUGUCGUUGCUGUUUGUAUAUGUGUGUGUGUGUGUGUGUGUGUGUGUGUGUGUGUGGGAAAGAGAGAGGGGCGAGCACAUGUCUAUGACUCAGUCUAACCUGUGUUGGUUUCCGCUCCAUGUAUGGUGAUGCACACUGCGCUCCCGCUCUCCUCCUUCUGCUGCUUUGCUUCUCUCUUACACUAACAAGCACUCAGUGGUUGAAUAAACCAAAAAACUAAUCAUUUGAAGCUUUAUUUUAUUAGCAGAGCAUACAGAUAAUUUCAGUUGGUUUAUUAUAUUUGAUCAAAUAUCAUUUCUUUGAGUGAUGUGACUGUUUUUGGUUUGGAUUUUGGUUCUUGCACAUUUGUUACUUUGCCAUAGACAACAGUAGCCCACAUGUAGAAGUACACUGUAGAUUUUGUAGAUAUGUUUGGAGCUGAUGUACAGUUUGUGUUUAGCCCUAUAACAGAGGAUCUCACCACUUGGCUUGCCUACAAGGUUUGACCAGUAAGUUAAGGGAUAGGUUCACAUUUUUUCAAGUCUAAGGCUGCACAAAAUAUCGUUUAAGCAUUGAUUACAAUGUGCACAUAUGAAAUAGUCACGUUGCAGUAUGUGUAACGUCAAGUAAGGGAAAUGAACUCAAACAUGUCAUCCUAAAACCUUUUUUUGCAGCUUGAUACAAAAGGAAAACUUGCACGUCUAAUUUUCCAUGACUAAUCGACAGGAGAAGUGAGGCUAUGCAUGCAGAGUGAACCACCAAUCACAAUCAUUCUUAAUCAGUUAAUUAAACCAGCAAAGCAGGCCCCACCUGUCACCGACCACAACCUGAAACAAAAACACAGAAAAGAAAGAUUUGGUUGAAAAUAUAUAAACUAUAGGUGUUUCCAGCCGCCUGUUUUGAAGCAUUUUCAAUUUGCCCAUUAAAGAAACCUGAGUGGAAAUAUCGCAAAACAGAUUCACACUUGGCUGGUGUAUUGAUAGAAGGCAACCAAAAUGUGACGGAGUACAACAGAAACAGAUUUAGCGAUUAAAUGAUGAUGUGCAUGAAGCAUGUGACUUAUUUCCACUGAAGCUUCUGCUCCGCUCCUCAUCGCUCCACAGAGAUCUGGUGGAACCUUCCUCACAAUAAUACCGGUACAUUAAACAAACAGAAUUGUCAUAUUUCCAUCAAGUUUUCUACAUUGUUUUUCGCUCCUUUAGUGAUGUCAUCUUGUUGGUAUAUUGAAUAGAGUGCCAUCUAUUGCUUAUCUUCGAUGAACCAAAUCCUAAUAUUCACAUAAUGGUAGUGAAUCGAAACAUUAAUUCACUUCUUUUACGAUAGCAUUUGGAUGGAAACCAUUUGGAUGAAUCUCUAAUUCAGCUCGGUCGCUGACGAGACAACAUCUUCACAUAGUUUAUUCAAAAGGUGUAGGUAGGUACAUUGACAACUCGUCUGCAAACCAUUCCUUAUUUGCCGAGCAGAUAAUAAUCCGACAGGAGACAACCAUUCAUUCUUUCAAUUUACACAUAUUGUUAUGCGAACAUUGCGUGACAUACUUGAAAAAAAUGUGAACCUAUCUUUUAAAACCUUGCUGAGAUUAUCUCAUCGGAAGGUUUUAGACAUUUGUGUUUUUUAUUUUUUAUUUAAAUGUUUCAUAUUAUUUAGAGGUAGAGUCAUUCUCUCCUAGCCUUGGUUUGUUGACUCUGUUAGAAAAGUGUGGACUGUCCUGACUCCAUGCUAUCAGCUAUUUAUUUGCCAUUUUGACAACCCCUUCAACACACACACACACACACACACACACUUCCCCUCUCUUUCAGUUGCCUUCAUAUCUCUGGGAUCUGUAGUCUUUUGGCAGUGAGGUGGGAUUGUCUGACUCACUGUGUAUUUGUUGCCUUGUUUCGAACACUUUCAUGUGAAUGUAUCUGUGUUUGCAGCUAGAAUAAAAGGCUUUCUCUUUAUUUAA